UUUUGUCGAAUAUAUAAAAAACCGAACCAAAUCUCGAUCGCACUCUCCAUACAAUAAUCACUCUUAGUUUUCUUUCAAAUUUCAACUCGAUUUUAAUUCCGUCGAUUUUCCCUCAUUUUUUGUUCUUCCAAUUCUUGGUUUUUCUCUCUACGAUUCUUCCUCGAUCCUCACUUCAGCUUGUAGUUAGGGUUUUUCUACUUUCCGCUUCAAGGUUAUCCUCCUUCACACUCUCGUUUUGUUUUCCAUCGAUCUACCGAUUCAGCGAUUGCUAACUAAUUGUUUCUGGUGAGUUUCUGAUAUUUCCGUGAGGUAUCGUAUUUCCCACGGUUUUGGAGCUAUUUCGUGUUCGGUUUGGGUGUAUUUGGAGAAGGUGAAAUUAGGGUUUGUAAAGAGGGGUUUUAAGAAGUGGCUAUGAUUUGUGUGUUUUUAGGCGUGUUUGUGGACGGGGAUUGAAAAUUAAGGUGUGUUUGGUGUUGAUUUUGGGAAUAGGGAGUUUGUGAGGUGAAGUAAUAUGUUUUACUCUCAGUUUAUUUUGGCGAAGAAAGGUCCUCUUGGGACUAUAUGGAUAGCUGCACAUUUGGAGAGGAAGCUCCGGAAAAAUCAGGUGGCGGAUACUGAUAUUGGCGUCUCUGUAGAUUCCAUUCUUUUUCCUGAAGUACCAAUUGCACUCCGUUUAUCCAGUCAUCUUCUGCUUGGUGUGGUAAGGAUAUAUUCCAGAAAGGUGAAUUACCUUUUCGAUGAUUGCAGUGAAGCCUUGCUUAAGGUAAAGCAAGCUUUCCGCUCCACCGCAGUUGAUUUGCCACCAGAAGAGUCCACUGCACCUUACCAUUCCAUCACUUUACCUGAGACUUUCGAUCUUGAUGAUUUUGAACUGCCAGAUAAUGACAUUUUUCAAGGCAACUAUGUUGAUCGUCAUGUCAGUACUAGGGAGCAGAUUACACUGCAAGAUACUUUGGACGGCAUGGCUUACAAAACUUCACAGUUUGGAUUGGAUGAGCGCUUUGGAGAUGGUGAUGCCUCUCAAAUUGGUUUAGACCUUGAUGAGGUUAUGUUAAUAGACAAAGAUUCCACUUUGGAGCACAAUGAUUUCAGUGCUAAUCCUCAAGUGUCUCGUCAAGAAGAUGAAAAGAAAGAGGAGGUGGUUUCAACUUCUGAUAAAAUGCUAGUAGAAAACAGUGGAAGCAAGGUUAUGUUAAUAAACCAAGAUGCCAAUUUGGAACAUGAUGACUUUGGUGCUAAUACUCAAGUUUCUCAUCAAGAAGAUGAAAAGAAAGAGGAUGUGAUUGAAACUUCAAAUAGAAUGCAAGUAGAAGAAAGUGGAAGCAAAAUUGAUUUGAGUGACGGUUUUCCCACUUCUCCUGAAUUUCAUGACUAUGCUCAAGAUCCAUCUACUUCUCCUGAAUUUCAUGACUAUGCUCAAGAUCCAUCUACUUCUCCUGAAUUUCAUGACUAUGCUCAAGAUCCAUCUACUUCUCCUGAAUUUCAUGAAUAUGCUCAAGGUCCAUCUACUCCAGGACUACAAGAACCAAACUUGUUUGGUACUCAGUCGGAUCAGGUCAUUAAUGAAGCUGAUUUUCAUAAUUCAGCAGAUUUAUUAUCAAUGUAUUCAACACAAAAUGAAUCACGUGCUCAUCAAACUGAGAGCAAUGCAAUUGAUUGCUCCUUGCAAAAUAGUGGGAAGCAUGUUGGUAUGGAUUUGCAUCAUGAGGCUAGUGACUGUGUUCUGGCUGAUGUGGAUAACAAAAGAGAGGAACAAGAACGUUUCACACCUACAGUUGUGAUGAAGGAUCAAGAAAAUUUGAUAUCUAAUAAUCAUUGCUUGGCAUCAGUACCCUUGAUGGACUCCUCCCAUGAAGACCAUGCGACCACCAUGUUACCAGAAUGUGCAGGUGGGUAUGUUGAUGCUUCUGGUAUAACUGAAAAGGUGGAAAGCUUGCAUGAUGGAGUUCUGAUGAACACUGAAUCAGUUAUGGCCAAUUUGAACGAAACUGUUAAUGUUGUUUCUGAAGGUGUUAACAUCAAUGAUUCUGUUGUGUCUCCUAGUUGUUCUCAUGUUACAUCUGAUCAAGAAUGCCUCUCAUGUAAACUGUUGUCUAACAUGGAUAGAUCUCAUGGUUCUGAAUUUGGUGGUCAUUUGGCAGAUGUUACCACAUCGUUAAAGCACGGAUUUUCAAAUAACAGUGAAGUUUCCAAGAACGAGCAGCAACCCUGUGUGGUUUAUGAGACUCAAGUAUCCAAUAUUGCAAGUCUUCUAGAGUCAUCUGGCAGACUUGAAGUUGUUGAUGUGGAAGCUCAUGCAUCUCAGGAACUGAGGGAAGCGGGUAUUUUAAACCUUGAGCAGCCCACCCAGUCACACCUUCGGCCAUGCACUUCCCAUGUAAACGAUCCCUCUCUGUUAUCCAUUGAAGGUGAAAAAUGUCAUGAAACUGAGGUUUCAGAUCCUGCUUUGGGUUAUCAUGGUACUGUAGAGCCAUCUGUUUGUGAAGGAAAGUUGGACUUGGGGCAAUCAGGCAUGCAAUUUGGGAGUCAGAUAAUAAGUAAUAAAGUGGGAAGUGUAAACACAUUUACUGCUUCUGGCAUACCUGAGCCUGAAAAAAUGCUUUCCUUGGGGCAAUCAGGCAUGCAAUUUGGGAGUCAGAUGAUAAGUAAUAAAAUGGGAAGUGUAAACACAUUUACUGCUUCUGACAUACAUGCACCUGAAAAAAUGCUCUCCUUGGGGCAAUCAGGCAUGCAAUUUGGGAGUCAGAUGACAAGUAAUAAAAUGGGAAGUGCAAACACAUUUACUGCUUCUGACAUACCUGCGCCUGAAAAAGUGCUCUCCUUGGGGCAAUCAGGCAUGCAAUUUGGGAGUCAGAUGACAGGUAAUAAAAUGGGAAGUGUAAACACAUUUACUGCUUCUGACAUACAUGCGCCUGAAAAAAUGCUCUCCUUGGGGCAAUCAGGCAUGCAGUUUGGGAGUCCGAUAAUAAGUAAUACAAUGGGAAGUGUAAAUACAUUUACUGCUUCGGACAUAUCUGCGCCUGAAAAAAUGCUCUCAGCAUAUCCACAUUUUGGUGAGAUGAAUCAUUUGCUGCUGGAUUCGACUCCUGGUAAUCAGGGUAUAUCUGAAGGUCAUACAGAUACUGCAGCAGUAACAUCAAUAUCUGGUAAAAAGCGCAGCUAUGCAGAAAGUACUCUUACAGUACAGAGCAUGAAUUUAGUUGAAUCAUAUGGUGGGGCUCAAUCCAGAAGAACUUCCGGGUCCAUUCCGGAUGAUGAUGAUCUAUUGUCUUCAAUAUUAGCUGGCAGAAAACCCUCUGCUUUAAAAGUUAAACCAAGUCCAGCAACCGCUGAAGUACCUACAGCAACACGAUUUCGUUCUACAGCAACCGCUGAAGUACCUACAGCAAAGCGGUUUCGUUCUACACCGCGCACUAGUACCUUAAAGAGGAAGGUGCUUGUGGAUGAUACGAUGGUCUUGCAUGGCGAUACAAUACGCCAACAAUUGAUAAGUACUGAAGACAUACGGCGUGUACGGAAAAAAGCUCCUUGCACUAGCGAUGAGAUUUUAAUGAUCCAGAGACAGUUUUUGGAGGAUAAAAUUUUCCUUAAACCAAUAUUUACAGAUUUGUCUGCUGAUUUGACUAUUCUGCUAAAUGGGACAUUUGAUCUGAGUGGAAUCAAGGUUUAUGAUUAUGGUUUAGAUAGUUUUUCCGUGGAAAAAGUAAACGAUCAACAGUCCUAUUCUAAAUCAAAUACUGAAAUUCAUGUGGGGCAAGCACAUAAUGAACCUAUGGCAGUCCAACCCCAAGAAGAUGCUGAAGUGUCUUAUUCUAAAACAAAUGUUGAGAUUCAUGAGGUGGAAUCGCAUAAUGAGCCUAUGGAAGUCCAACCCCAAAAUAAUGCUGAAGCCCAACCUUCUGAGUUACCUGUUCCGUCCGAGAGGGAAUCACAUAAUGAAACUAAGGAAGUCCAACCCCAAAAAAAUGCUGAAGCCCAACCUUCUGAAGUACCUGUUCCGUCGGAGAGUCAUCUGUCUGGAGUUGACGUUGGAUCUCAUGAGAUUGACGCUCAUGGGCGUGCAAAUAUUAUUUCAGACAUGGAGGAGCUUAGCAGUUCUCAAAAUGCUGAAAUGAACAAUGCUGGGCGGACUUUCAAGAUUUCCGAAGCAGAGAAUUACUCUGUUGGGCAUACAAAUAUUAUAUCAGAUCUAAAUGAACUUGGCAGUUCUCAGAAUGCUGAAACGAACAAUGUUGAGCGAAAUUUCGAGACUUCUGAAGCAGAGAAUUACUCUGUUGGGCAUACAAAUAUUAUAUCAGAUGUAAAUGAACUUGGCAGUUCUCAAAAUGCUGAAAUGAACAAUGCUGGGGGGACUCUCAAGAUUUCUGAAGCAGAGAAUUACUCUGUUGGGCAUACAAAUAUUAUAUCAGAUGUAAAUGAACUUGGCAGUUCUCAAAAUGCUGAAAUGAACAAUGCUGGGGGGACUUUCAAGAUUUCUGAAGCCGAGAAUUACUCUGUUGGGCAUACAAAUAUUAUAUCAGAUGUAAAUGAACUUGGCAGUUCUCAAACUGCUGAAACGAACAAUGCUGGGGGAACUUUCAAGAUUUCUGAAGCAGAGAAUUACUCUGUUGGGCAUACAAAUGUUAUAUCAGAUGUGAAUGAACUUGGCAGUUCUCAAAAUGCUGAAAUGAACAAUGCUGGGGGGACUUUCAAGAUUUCUGAAGCAGAGAAUUACUCUGUUGGGCAUACAAAUAUUAUAUCUGAUGUAAAUGAACUUGGCAGUUCUCAGAAUGCUGAAAUGAACAAUGCUGAGCGAAAUUUCGAGACUUCCGAAGCAGAGAAUUACUCGAUUGAGCAUACAAAUAUUAUAUCAGACAUAAGUGAGCUUGGUAGGUCUCAAAAUGCUGGAGGAAAUUUUGAGACUUCUGAAGCAGAGAAUUACUCUGUUGUCCCUGGGCAUGAAACUUUAUCUCUAACUGAAGUAUUUGAAAACGAGCUAUGUAGGCCAAAUGAUUUUGGUGCAUCACUGCCUGUCAUGGAUAAAACGGAUGAUGGUUCUAUCCAUACAAAUGUGCUGGACAUUCCAACUUCCGAGAAAAUGAAUACAUUUACUAUUCUAGAAAAUGUGUUUGUAGAUGAUCAACGUGAUAGAAACAAUGCAGAUGCUAUUGAAAUUGCAGAGCAUGCCAUGGAAAUUGGAACACGAGUUGAAACAGAUGGUUUGGAAGCUGAUAAUUUAUCUGCAUCCUUGGCCCUUGGCUCUAAGGAAGCUAAUGAUUAUACUGACAACCAGGUUUCCUUUAAUAGAGACCUUCCUGUGGAGGAAAAUGGAAACAACAUGCUAGAAGGCUUAAAUGAGGAUCAAAUUGUUUCUUCUGGCUUGGGAUGUGAUGACAAGGAUGCAAAGGCUGGCAGCUUAUUUAGUGAAAAUAUUGAAGUAGAUUGUUCACAUUCUGUAGCACUUGAGGAUGUGAAAGAAAGGUCUCUGAAUGAUGAGGAAAACCCAGUCUUUCAAGAAGCUGCAUUACAAAAUACAACGUAUCCCGAUGUCUCAGCUAUUAGGAGUCCUUUUAUUGAUCAGAAUGAUGAAGACGAUAUGAUUGGCAAUGACACAGGAUUUUUGAAUGUUGGUGAUGAUGAGAUAAUGGAUGAUGACGAUGACGAUGCUGAUGGUUUUGCACCGGGUGCUGAAGGAGCACAGUUAGAAAAUAGUGGAUGGUCUUCUCGAACCAGGGCUGUUGCCAAGUAUCUUCAGACCUUGUUUGAUAAGGAGGAUCUACAUGGAAGGCAGAACCUGCAUCUUGAUAAAAUAUUGACUGGUAAAACACGGAAAGAAGCAUCAAGGAUGUUUUUUGAAACACUGGUUCUCAAGACAAGGGAUUAUAUUGAUGUAGAACAGACAAAACCCUUUGCUGAUAUUAACUUACAACCUCGAGGGAAGCUUAUGAAGACAGAUUUCUGAAACCUCACCAAGGAGUGGCUGAUAUAGAGGUAAAGAUCCAUUGGUUUGAAUCUGCAGGGUUGGGAUAAUCUUUUCAAUAUCACUCCCCUUUUUAGUUAUGGCUUUUCAUUAAAAAUAUUUUUUGGGGAUAGAAUUUAGCUGAUUAAUUUUACCUCUUGAAUGGUUGGGGGUUGAAAUGGCUCAUGUAUCAUUUCAUCCUAUUGAUUAUUCUAGGUUUUAAUGUAUAUUUUUGUAAAAAUAUAUCACCAUUUGUAGCUUACCGGUGCUAAUAUGUAAUGUGUUUAAACACAUCCCUCCAUGCAAGAAUUCAGUUUUAUCUAGGCAUCGAAAGUGCGUUGUAAUUUAUAUAGCGGUUGGUGGAUAAGGAUCAUCAUUUCUUACCACCUAUUGUAUUUGUAUAGCAUCUAACUGCUACUGUGUAGUUUGUUAUACUCUAAACUUUAUAAAGGCAAUUAAUGUAGUAGUAUUGCCGUUUAUUUAGGCAUUUUGA